AUGUACAUUGGCUUCGCUAGAUUCUCCAUUUUUCUUAUGUUUCUCUUUUCUUGGACCAGCUUCACAACAACAGAAGCUUAUGAUGCACUUGACCCAAAUGGAAACAUUACCAUAAAAUGGGAUAUUAUGAGCUGGACUCCUGAUGGCUAUGUGGCUGUUGUAACAAUCUUCAAUUUCCAACAAUACCGUCACAUUCAGUCCCCCGGGUGGCAAUUGGGAUGGGCAUGGCGGAAGAAGGAAGUGAUAUGGAGUAUGGUUGGUGGGCAAGCCACAGAACAAGGAGAUUGUUCUAAGUUCAAGGGGAACAUUCCUCAUUGCUGCAAGAGAACCCCAACAGUUGUUGACUUGUUACCGGGAACUCCUUACAACCAACAGAUAUCCAAUUGUUGUAGAGGCGGUGUGAUUAGCUCGUGGGCGCAAGACCCGGCAACUGCCAUUUCUUCGUUUCAGAUUAGUGUUGGCCAGUCUGGAACAACUAAUAAGACGGUUAGAGCACCUAGGAACGUCACUUUGAAAGCACCAGGACCUGGUUACACUUGUGGGCCCGCGAAAAACGUUGUACCGAGCAAAUUCAUUUCUACGGAUAAACGAAGAAAGACUCAGGCUUUGAUGACAUGGAACAUCACCUGCACAUAUUCACAGUUUCUUGCGCGGAAAACUCCCACUUGUUGUGUCUCACUCUCAUCUUUCUACAACGAAACUAUAGUACCAUGCCCAACUUGUUCUUGUGGAUGUCAAAAUAAGUCUCAAGCUGGUACAUGUGUGGACCAAAAAAUAGCUUCGGUAGUACCACCUUCUAUUGGGAAGAACAACCUCGAACCGCUCUUGCAAUGUACGCAGCAUAUGUGUCCCAUCAGAGUUCAUUGGCAUGUAAAAACUAACUACAAAGAAUACUGGCGAGUGAAGGUCGCAAUCACAAACUUUAACUACAAUAUGAAUUACACACAGUGGAAUUUGGUCGCUCAGCAUCCGAACUUUGACAAUCUCACUCAGCUUUUCAGCUUUAACUACAAACCACUUAAUCCUUAUGCUGACAUAAAUGACACGGCCAUGCUUUGGGGAAUCAAGUUCUACAACGAUAUGUUAAGCCAAGCUGGGCCACUAGGCAAUGUACAGUCAGAACUUCUUUUCCGAAAGAACCCGUCCAAGUUCACAUUUGACAAAGGAUGGGCGUUUCCAAGACGCAUUUAUUUCAACGGCGAUAACUGUGUUAUGCCACCUCCAGACUCAUAUCCAUGGCUUCCUAACGCUACUCCAAACCUUGCAACUUCGCCAUUUAUCGUACUUCUCAUCACUUUCCUUUCUGCUUUGAUUCUUAUGUAA